CUUGAAUACGGGAAACAGUUUUGAGUCCUAACUACUUAAUAUGAAGGGCAAUAUCCAAAUUCAGCCCCGUGGCACUCCCACGCCGAGGGACGUGACUGAUCGUCCAUUCUGGCUUCCAUGACCGUCCGUAGUCAUUUUUAUUUUUUGACUUGUUUCGUCUAGUUUUGCCAAGUUCAAAAUAAACUUCUUGGCAAGAAACUUUUUUAAAGGAGAAAAAAAUUACUUAUUAAAGGUAAUAUUUUUCUUAACAAAUUAAACUUGAAAUAAAUCUAACCUUAGGUGGAAUCGAACUCAUGACAAUCACCAUGAGAAUCGGACGAAUGAACCACUGCGCCACGACAUUGAUUGUAAAUAACAAAAAAAAUAAUUUUUAAAAAAGUAAAAUACGAUUUUUAAUGUUUUGUUUGUUAUUUCUUGUUGCAGUCUCUCUGUUGUUUGAAACAAGGAGCUUGUUUAUUGUAAUAAUCAUAAAAGUGUUCAUGUAAGGGAAUAACGUGGUUGACAUUUAGAAGCUUGUUUCCUGACGCGAGCCACCUAUCGUUUGACACAAAACACCACCUGAAUGAAAUAAACAAAUUUUGUUCAAUUCAAGAAUUUUUUUUUUUUCCUUUCCAAAAGUUUUUUGCCAAAAACUACUAGCAAGAAUAAUUCUUUUUUUCUUUAUCCAAAAAUUUUUUCAGUGUAUACUAUACAACAGUACAGUCGCAGUUCUAAAAAAUACAACACGCUUUGAAAAUAUCUUUUUUAAUUUUUCUAUUCAAGUUUCCUAAUUAUCAUCGAUCAAAAUUAACCUAAAAAACACUACAAUCUCGAACAGAUUGCGCCAAGUACCACAGUCUCACAUAAUCCUGGAACGUGCGUAUAUGGAUGUGCAUUCAUGUGAUGACAGCUCAAAUAAUGCGAAAACCUCAACACUACUAUAUUUUUAGUGCGAUUUUAGUGCACAGUACUUGAAUAAAAUUUCCACUAUUUGAAAAUCAUCUCUAGUAUUGUGCUGUAAUUUUCAAGUAAAAUUCUAUAUUCUUUCAUGAAAAUUAUUGUACAGUAGUAGAAAUUUUAUUUGUUAUAAGUUAAAAAAAAAUCAUGACUUCAAGAAACUUCAAUUUACAAGUCACUUCGAUGGUGCAGCGGUAGAGAAUUCGGUUUAGUAAUCAGUUAGAUAGUUACGCACGUAGGUUUGAGUCCCCUUAGAGCUAUUUCGAUAAAUUUAGUAAGUCACACAAAUGGUUAUAUAAAAUUCAAAAAUAAUUUGGUCAAUAAAAAGUUGAACUUCUACAAAAUUUUUUUGGAAAUGACGAAACCCGUACACUUAGAAAAGGAUAUGUUAAUUGUUAACAGUUAACAUAUGGUCUGUUCAAAUGGGUGGUGGCUGAUAUUAGUAUUAGGAUAUCUGAUUGACACAAUUUGAAGGUUUAGGUUUAUAGUUGAGUGUAUUUAUGUGUAUUAAUAUGAAAUUUUAAUGUAAAAUUACAAAUGAAUUUUGUUCAUCAAAUUUCUAUCAUCUUACUCGAAAAUUACACUACAGUAGUAGAAAUGAUUUUACUUGUUCCGUGUACAUGAAAACGAAUUAAUGUACAGUUUCAUGUACGGCUGCUCGCUGUAUAGGUGCAGUGAAUUUCAGGGUGACAUUUUCAAGAGUGUAGCAUUAUUUGUGCUCUCCAGAGCAGGAAUAAAUAAUAAAUUGACACACAGAAACAUACAAGUACAGCGUGAAUAUCCUACUCAAUUUUUACACUAAAAAAAAAAGGUUGCCAGGUUGAAUUACUGUUCUGGCCGAAAAAUAGAUUCGAAGUAUGAAAUAAUAAUUUCCGUUUGAAUUAAAAACGUAGUUCGGAAAAAAAAAUUUCCUGAAUUAUAAGAAAGACGUCCUAAAUCAUGACCAAGUUUUCAAGUUUCCAGAAGUAAACUUCUUGGAUUAUAAAAAAACUUAUCUUGGUUUAAGUCUACGCGUUCCUGUUUUUAGAAGUAUACCAUUUUUAGGUUGUGAAAGAAUAGUCGUGGCUCAAGACUAAAAUGUUAACGUUUACAUUAUUUGUGCGUUGAUAAGAGAUUUUUUCUUCAUGUUUCGGGAAGUGAUUCUUUCAUUUGUCACGAGCUGUCAAAAGGCAAUUGAGUACCAAUUGAGGUGAAUUAUAUAUACACUAAUUUACUUUCAAUCAUCAUCAUCCUUCACAUUAAUCCUAUCCACUCUGUCACUAGCUAAAACACUUCAUAAAAUUUAAAUGUGUUAAUUCAAGACAAAUUUUUCAUUCAAACCUAUGCCUAAGCUCACGUAGCCACAAGCAUGAUAAGAAUUUAUGAAUUUUUUUUAUCAACUCGUAAGAGAGCGAAAAUAAAACAAGAGACCCCCCCUGAAAAAUUUCCUCCGGGGAAUUAAUCGUUAUUAGUUUUCUUCUGUUAUUUGUACAAAUACAAAUAUACGUUUUCGUUUUUUUUUCAAUUUUAAUUUUUAAAAGUUAUUAUCAAAUUAAUUUUUCUACUUUAUUUUAAUCAUUUGAUAAUAACUUUUAAAAAUUAAAAUUGAAAAAAAAACGAAAACAUUCAUUUGUAUUUGCACAAAUAACAAAAUAAAAUUAAUCAUGAUUUCCCCGGAGGAAAUUUUUUAGAAGGGGUCUCUUGUUUUAUUUUUGCUCAAGACAGAAGUCGUUUCCUUUGAAAUUAUUCAUAUUGAUUUCACAACAAAAAAAAUUUUUCAAAAAAAACUCGACAAAAACAAUCGAGAUAAAAAAAAUCACGACAUUAACCACCAAUGUAACCAUUUUUUCUAUCGUUUUUUUUUUGUCGGGAUUUUUUUUGUCGAGUUUUUUUUUGGAAAAUUUUUUUUGACAUGUAACCUUCAUAAUAUUUUCAGAUGUUUUUUUCUUUAUCAUUCGAUACGAAAACUAUUACAUGUGUUAUUAUAAUUUGUUUUUUUUUAUUGCUAUCUAUUAUUAUUUAUUAUAUUAAAGUUAUUAACAUUAUAAGAAGAAGCACUUUUAGUUUUUUGAAUUAUCUUUUAAAAAUUAUUCAUUUAGCACGAAUAAAAAAACGUGAUCAUUUUAUACGUACUUGACAUGAUUCGAAGGAAACGACUGUUUUCCUACAAGUUGAUGAGAAAAAAUACAUUAAUUCAUGUCGCGCUCAUAGCUACGUAAGCUGGAACAAGCCAAGUUUAGAAUCGUUAAGCAUCGACUAGCUUAAGUUAUUUUCCGUUGGGCAAAAAAAAUUCUAAAAAAAUAAUUUUCUCAAAUGCUUUGAAAAUUUUUCGAAAAUUAAUUAAUGAUUUCACCAAAUUCAUUAUAAAAUUUUUUUUCUCCGAAUGAGAAACUAAUUAAGAAAUUUAAUUCACCGAUAGAGAGGAAAUUUUCUUAUCUAAUCACACAUUCGUCUUGAAUCAACGCAUUCAAAUUUUAUUCAUGGCAAAAAAAUAUUUAAUCGAAUGUCAUUAAUAUAUUAGUUGAUUAAUCAAUAAUCUGUUAUUAUUUGUGCGUGUCUACCAGUUCAAUUAAUACUUUUACUCAUAUUAAGUGAUAUUAGUGUACUUGGAGAUAGUUUUGAUCUUUCUGUUGUCGUUACUUGGCAACAUAACCUCAUCAGCGUCUUCAACUAACUCUUUCCAUUAUCAUUAUAUCAUUAUUAAUAACAUCUAUGAAAGUGUAUUAGAUUUAAAGAAAAAAUUCUAAAAUAUAUACAAAGUGAAUCUUUUCAAACAAUUAAACGUGCAUUACAUUCUUGUUUCAACAUCAUUAUUCAAGUGACGUGGUGAUAUAGUGCUUCUAGUAAUGAAUAGUUUAUCAGAUAAAUUCAAUUAGUUUUCAACAAUAACCAACUGUAAUUCAAUCGAUAUUUUAAUUCAAGUACAAUCCUGGUGGAUCAGUAUCAUCAUUUUAUAUCAUUAUCUUUAUUGGCGUCACAUGGGAAUCUAGCCUUAUAAGCAUCACUAAGGGUGCGAACUCACGACAAGCUAAAAUUUCCGCUUGUAAACAUGGUGGCCAAUGGCGGCUGCAAAAAUAACCAAAUUAUAACUAAAUUCACUGAAUUAUCACUGAAUUUAUUAAAUUCACUGCAAAUCCAUGGUGUCUCUCCGUGACUGCAGAACAAGCUUGACACCGCCACAUUUACCUUCUUCUAACAGAGUUGCCAGACUUGGCCCCUUGGGGCCAAAAUGGCCCCUGGCUUGUCAAUUUGGCUCUUAAAAUUUUGAACUUGGCGCUUGGGGGCCAUCAUGGCCCCUUGACCGAUGAUCGGUAAUUUUUUUUUUUUUUUCGCCGUAGAUGGCUUCGCUCUGUGUGGGCUGAUUUUUUGAUUGGUUCAACUUACAAACACAAAGGUAAAUAUAUGUAGAAUACGUAUAUGUAUAUACAUAGUAAAUACUAAUACUAAGUUGUACAUAGACAUACCAUCAAGCGUCACACACAUCAACUGAAAACCAUCUGAAGGAUAGACAAAAUUCUGUCUAAUCAUAUAAUAGACAAAUAGAAAUCAUAGUAUAAUAUAUUAUCAUAAUAUACACAUAUAUAUUCAUAUUUUUAAAUUUUGAAAUGACAAAAAAACCAAAAGCUGAUAAUGACAGAGUUUAUCAAAAAGACUGGGAGAAAUUAUCAGAAUUCAAAGGAUGGCUCCAAGAAUGUCCUCCAAAACACAGAAUUAAUAAUCAAAAACAGCAAGCAUAUUGUACCUGGUGCAACGUAGCUCUGAGAUGUCACAAAAACUCAAUUAAAAGACAUAGUGAAACAAUUGUUCACAAGCAAGCAGCUUCAUCAAGAGUAAGAAAAACUCAACCGGUUUUAGCUAAAAGUGGUAUUUAUCCAGUUGGCUCAAAUGAAAGUAAAAUUAUAGAUAUUAAACUUGUAAUAAAUGCUGCAGUUCAUGGCACAAUGUGCAGUCUUGAUCACAUAACUGAAAUAUUAAAUCAAUAUAGUAAAGGUAGCUCAUUAGCAAAUCUCAAACUUCAUCGCACCAAAGCCUCUAUGUUAAUUACAAAUGUAAUUGGGCCAUCAUUGUUACACGAGUUGAUUGAUGACGUUGAUGAUCAACCUUAUUCGAUAAUUCUGGAUGAAUCGACAGACGUAUCCACCAACAAGUUUAUGGCUUAUUGUAUCAGGUAUUUUAGUCUGAAGCAAAAAAAAAUCAUCACCAAUUUUCUUGGCUUUAGUUUGGUGACUAUUACAACAGCUGUUGAAUUACAUGCUGUAUUUAAAAAAUUUUUGAAAGAUGUUGGUUUAUAUGCAAUAAAACAUUAAAAUGAUAAUAUUAAUAAUAUUAAAAUGUACUAUCAGUAACCAAAAAUUACGUAUUUUUAAAAUAAAAAUAAUAUAUUUAAUAAUAUAUAUAAAGAAAAAAUAUGUUGGUGCACUAUAGCUGGAAGUUGGUAUGAUCAUUGAGUUGACCACCAUGAGUAUUAUUAAAAAAAAAAAAAA